AUGAAGCCCUCAUGCGUCUUCUCCUUCUUCUCCUUGCUGCUGGUCGGGGUCACCUACAAGCAAACCACGAUCUUCCGAUUCGAGGUCCCGCCCAAAAAGCCCGUCUACCACAUCGCCAGCCUGGCCUCAUUUCUGCGCAACCCCGAGCGCAUGCCAAUCUACAUCCCGAUCCAACUCCUCAACGAAUCGCCCCUCACCGUCGCCGAGACGCUCGCGCGCCAGGGCUCGUACCCGUACAACCCCGAGCUCGGCCUCUACGGACACCCAAGCAAGCACCACACCCACCACCACCAGCGUGACAACGCCACCACCACCACGGUCGAGGAACCCAACCUCUUCGACCUGAUCGCGCAGUUCAACGCGCGAGCGUCUCACCCGCUUAACAAAGACGAGCCAAGCGACCCGAUCGAGCUCGUGGCCGUGUGCGAGGCGUGGGAGCAGCCGGCGCGCGUGUACACGCGCGCGCAGCUGGCCGACGCGAAGGCUUCCCGCGUCGACCCCUGCGAUGUGAGGCCCUGGUGGUGCAAGCAGCGCUGCGAGUUCGUGCCGACUGUUGGUGAUGAGCCUUUCGAGCCCCCUGCUUGCGCCAAGGCGUAUGAGGGGAUGGAUGGGUUCUCUGAGGCUCCGAAACGUGAAGGUGGCUGAGUUGGAUUCGUUUCAGUGGGGGAGGGUGGUAUGGUGGGAAUGGAAAGGAGAGGGGAGUUAAGGGGGGUGACUUAGGUACGGUAAUGACUG